ACUGUCCGAGUAACUAAGCUUAAGUAACCGUCAUGUUUGUCCAUUUAGGACAAUCUGAAACCCUCCGACGGUCCGUACGAGGUCCCUCGAAUGGAAAGUUGUUCGACGUUUAACCUUCGAAAUUCACUGUAUAAAAAAGCGUGAAGUGCGCGAGAGUUCUUUUUUUCUUUUUCUUUUUCUUUUUUUUUUUGUUCUUUCCUCUCAAAUUUUUGUUUUUCCUUAUCUGACUGAGUGCUUCAUCGUCAUCAUCUAUAUAUCGCAUUUACACCAUCCAGUUAUAGAGCAGUGACCUGUGGAAGAAAAAAAGACCCUUUAUAGUUUGUGACCCAUUAUCUCUUUUGGACUAAAAAAGCUUAAGGCUUUUUGGAUUGAAUUGGUAGCAAAUCGAAGGUGAUUGAUUGAUGGAUUCAUUGGGAUAUAUAUCAUUUCUCUUAGAUGAUUGAGAGCUAUUUGGACAGAUUUCCCUAAUUGGUCAAGUAAUCCUGGAAGUGGCUUCCUUUGGGAAUGAGAGAUCUUAUGCAUGAACAUUCAGGGUUCUUUGAGUGGGGCCUUCAACUUUUUAAUGGUGAUCCCAUCAAUUCUGGGUAUCAAGGUGAGAUAGUACAUCAUAGUGCUGAUGAUGUUUAUAAUGAACAUUAUCAAGAGCAUUAUGACACAGAUUGUAGUCAUACAGAUUGUAAUCAUUUGGAGAAUGAUGAGAUUAUUGCGAGAACCCUUCAAGACGAUUUUUCACAACUAACAGUCUCAGAAGCAUCUGGUUACUCUCAUGUUGUAGAAGAUCACUAUCAAGCAUCCAAUCUUGAACAUGAUUGGCGUAGUCCAUCAACAAUGAACUACCAUUGUUCAGACUAUAAUCAUGGCCAGGAAGAAACUGAUGAUGCAGAGCCUUCUACUUCAUGUUCUAGCCCUGGUGAUAGAGAGGAGUAUCCUUAUUCUCCGGAGCUAACUGAGGAAUAUUUGCUCGAUCAAAUGAUCCCCAUUCCUCAUGUUCCUAGAAUUAAUGGAGAAAUUCCUUCAAGUGAUGAAGCGACUUCAGAUCAUCAGAGGCUUCUGGGAAGAUUACAGACAUAUGACUUCGUAGAACGCACAAUUCAAGGAGAUGGUAAUUGUCAGUUUCGUGCUUUAUCAGAUCAAUUAUAUCAAACACCUGACAACCACAAGUUUGUAAGACAACAAGUUGUGAGCCAGCUUAGGUCUAACCCAGAGGUUUAUGAGGGCUAUGUUCCCAUGCAAUAUGAGGACUAUUUGGAGAGGAUGUCCGAGAGUGGUGAGUGGGGUGAUCAUGUUACAUUGCAAGCAGCUGCAGAUUCGUUUGGUGUGAAAAUUUUCGUUGUGACAUCUUUUAAGGAUACCUGUUGCAUAGAGAUUCUUCCUAAUUUCCAGAAGCCAAAAAGAGUUAUUUUUCUGAGUUUUUGGGCAGAGGUGCAUUACAACUCGAUAAAUCCUCGAGGAGGUCUUCCCUCAAAUGAGUCUAGAAAGAGGAAAAAGUGGUGGAUAUUUGGGAAUAAGAAUUAGGAGAUGUUUGAUUGGCUUCAGCUGCUUCCUUUUUUUUUUUUCCCCGGAUAAUUACAUUGGGAGAUGGGGGAUUUUAACCCUAGACGUCUCUAUUCGAAACACCAGGAGGUGCCACAGUUGAGCAGCAAGGCUGUUGGUGGCAUUCCUCCUUUCUGUUCAUGUUACUGUUGCUGCUUAAUUUGUACAUGUUGCUUCCAUGGUUAGAAGAAUUGAUCCAAAUUCUCAUACUUUCAUAAUUACCCAUUCUGGGCUGGAUCAAUUCGUUUGAAUAACACGGUACUUCUUCUACAUUGUACUUAAUGUACGCACAAUCAUGGUUACUUAAUAUACGCACAAUCAUAGUUUUGUUUGCGCUUGCUACUUCUACAGUUGCAUGUGCUCGUGACAUUUAUAGAAAGAAUUCAACUUAAAGGUGUUACUUUUUU